CGGCUCGCACGGCCGGUCACCUCGCUCUCCCUCAAAAUGGCGGCGGGCGCCGGAAGCGGAAGCGCGGCGGGGCGGCACGUGGCGCGGGGCAGCAUGGCGCGCUGCGGGCGGCUGCGGGCAGGGGCCGCCGCCAAGCUGCCGCGCUGGCGGAAGGGGCACAGCAGCGACUGCAACCCCGAGACCCGCCGGCACCGCCUGGCCGCCAGGAGCCGCUUCUACAGCCGGCCCGCCGAGAAGAGCGCCCUGACGGUGGACGCGGUGAAGCUGCACAAUGAGCUGCAGUCGGGGUCCCUGCGCUCGGGGGGCCGCGCGGUGCCGCUGCCCAUGGAGGAGGAGGAGGAGGAGGGUGGUGGCGAGGCCGCCACGGAGAGGUCCUCGGGCACCUUCCUCAGCGGGCUGAGCGACUGCACCAACGUCACCUUCAGCAAGGUGCAGCGCUUCUGGGAGUCCAGCUCUGCCGCUCACAAGGAGAUCUGCGCGGUGCUGGCGGCCGUGACGGAGGUGAUCCGCUCGCGGGGGGGCAAGGAGACCGAGACGGAGUACUUUGCUGCGCUGAUGACCACGCUGGAGGCAGUGGACUCCCCAGAGUCUCUGGCCGCUGUGGCCUACCUGCUCAACCUCGUCCUGAAGCGGGUCCCGAGCCCGGUGCUCAUCAAGAAGUUCUCGGACACCUCCAAAGCCUUCAUGGGCAUCGUGUCCUCGCAGGCCUGCAGCGGCUCCACCUCUGCCCUGCGAUGGGUCCUGUCCUGCCUGGCCACGCUGCUGCGCAAGCAGGACUUGGCAGCCUGGAGCUACCCCGUCACCCUCCAGGUCUAUCACGGCCUGCUGAGCUUCUGCGUUCACACCAAGCCCAAGGUUCGGAAAGCAGCUCAGUACGGCGUCUGCUCCGUCCUGAGAGGCAGCGAGUUCAUGUUUGGAGAUGCAGCCCCCGAGCAUCACCCUGCGGCACCCUCCACGGCCAAGUUCUGCGUGCAAGAGAUCGAAAAAGCCGGAGGUGCCAGGGAGGCCACCACCACGCUGCACGUCCUGACCCUGCUGCGGGACGUGCUGCCCUGCUUCCCUGCGGCCGCGGUGAAGACGUGCUGCGAGACCCUGCUCAGAGUCAUGACCCUCAGCCACGUGCUGGUGACCGCGUGCGCCAUGCAGGCCUUCUACAGCCUAUUCAGCGCCCAGCCCAGCACCUCCUGCCUGCCGGCCGAGCUCAACGCCCAGAUCAUUACCGCGCUGUACGACUACGUGCCCAGCGCCAGCGACCUGCAGCCGCUGCUCACCUGGCUGUCCACCAUGGAGAGGGCGCACGUCAACCUGGGCAGGCUGCAGAAGGACCUGUGCUGGGCUCACCUGCCCCGUCUCUUCUCGGCUGCCAUGAACUGCUUCCUGUCCCCGCACUCGCAGGUGGUGUCAGCUGCGGCGCAGACCCUCGAGAACCUCCUGACCGAGUGCGUGGCUCCCCACAUGGACGAGCUGGGCACCGUCACUGCGUCUGCCCCAGCCCCCGCCUCCUACCUCUGCAAGAUGUUCAGGUCGGUGGAGGACGGCCUGACAUAUCGCUUCCACGCGGCGUGGGACGAGGUGCUGCAGGUGCUGGAGAUUUUCUUCGAGUCGUGCGGGAAGCAGUGCCACCCCGUCAUGAGGAAGUGCCUCCAGUCGCUGUGUGACCUGCGUCUGUCCCCGCACUUCCCCUACACGGCUGAAGUGGACCAGGCGGUGGGGGCCGCCGUGGCUGCCAUGGGCCCCGAGGUGCUGCUGGAAGCCGUGCCCCUGCAGAUCGACGGCAAGGAGGAGAACCUGGAUUUCCCCCGCAGCUGGCUGCUGCCCGUGUUGCGGGACUACGUGCAGGGCGCGCGGCUCGGCUUCUUCACCAGCUACUUCUUGCCUUUAGCGGCCGCCCUGAAGAGCAGAGCCCUGGAAUUUGCCCAGGCUGGGAAGAGCCUGGAGUCCAAGAUCUACGACACGCUGCAGUGGCAGGUCUGGAGCCUGCUGCCCGGCUUCUGCACCCACCCCACGGACGUGGUGGGGGCCUUCAAGGGGCUGGCCCGCACCCUGGGCAUGGCCAUCAGCGAGCGCCCGGACCUCCGCCCCACCGUGUGCCAGGCCCUGCGCACCCUCAUCCAGCGGGGCUGCGAGACAGAUGCGGAGCGAGCAGAAGUGGGUCGCUUUGCCAAGAACUUCCUGCCCAUCCUGUUCAACGCGUACAGCCAGCCCGAGGGGGACGGCGGCAGCAGCACCCAGCGCCGCUCCGUGCUGGACACCGUGCGCGCCUACCUGACCAUCACCGACCCGCAGAUGGUGUGCGGGUUCCUGCAGAAAGCCAGCGAGAAGCUGACCAGUCCUGAGAGCUCAGAGUUUGCCAGGCUCUCCCUCCUGGAUCUGGUGGUGGCAAUGGCCCCCUACGCUGACGAGCAGUCCCUGGGCUCCCUGUACAGCACCAUCCAGCCUUCCCUGCAGAGCAAGGAGCGCAGCAUGCAGAAGAAGGCGUACCGGGUGCUGGAGGAGGUGUGUGCCGCUCCCCAUGCCCCCUGCCAGGCCUUCGUCCGCUCGCACCUGGAGGAGCUGCAGGCGGCGCUGCUGGACUCGCUCAAGAGCGCGGCAUCCCCGGCCAAGAGGCCCCGGCUGAAGUGCCUGUUACACAUCGUGAAGCAGCUCUCGGCUGAGCACGAGCCCUUUGUCACCGCCCUGGUCCCGGAGGUCAUCCUGUGCACCAAGGAGGUCUCGGCGGCGGCCCGCAAGAACGCCUUUGUGCUGCUGGUGGAGAUGGGGAACGCCUUCAUCCGCUUUGGGCCCACUCCCCAAGAGGCCAUGGAGCGGUUCCUGCUCCUGGUGUACGCGGGGCUCACGGGCUCGGUCACCAUGAUCAGCUGCACCGUGCUGGCGCUCACCCGCCUCUUCUUCGAGUUUAAAGAUCACAUGGGGCUGAGCGUGGUGGAGCAGCUCCUGCAGAACGUCUGCCUGCUGCUGGGCUCCCGCACGCGCGACGUGGUGAAGGCUGCCCUGGGCUUCCUCAAGGUCGUGCUGCUGCUGGUCGACACCAAGCUGCUGGCCAAGCACGUCCAGACCAUGCUGGAAGCUGUGGGGGGCCUUUCGGAUGACAUGAGGCGCCACUUCCGCAUGAAGCUGCGAAACCUCUUCACCAAGUUCAUCCGCAAGUUCGGCUUCGAGCUGGUGCAGGGGCUGCUGCCCGCCGAGUUCCACAAGGUGCUGGUGAACAUCCGCAAAGCUGAAGCCCGCAGCCGCAAGCGGCGCGCCCUGAGGCAGGCGGCGGCGGAGACGGAGGAGGAGGAGGAGGAACCAGCCCAGCCCAGAGGAGACAGCAUGGAGGAGAUCCUGGCAGACUCGGAGGACUCGGAGGAGGAAGAGGAGGAACGGCAGCGAGGCAGGGCAUGGAAGAAGCAAGCACGGCAGAAGGGCCAGGCAUGGCUGAAAGAAGGGGAAGAGGAUGAGCCCCUCAACUUCCUGGACCCCAAAGUGUCCCAGCGGGUGCUGGCCACCGAGCCAGCCCCCAAGAGAUCCAGAAAAGUGAGCCACGACUUCCAGGUGUCCGAGGACGGGCGCCUGAUCAUCCAUGAUGAGGAGGAAGAGAUGGCUGAUGGUGGAGCUAAAGGUGCAGACGAGGAGGUGGCGGACGUGCUGCAAGAAGUGGGCCUUCGCACCAAGAAGAGCCAGAAGCGUCGGUUCAGAGAGGAGGCAGACGAUGAGGAACCAGAGGCCGGGACCUACCCUCAGUACAGAGCCGGAGGCUCUGGGAUCCAUCGGCAGCUGGGCAAGGAGCCAGCCUUCGGUGCAGAGUACAGAUCCAAGAAAGGCAAAGGCGACGUGAAGAAGAAGGGCCAGCUCGACCCCUAUGCCUACAUCCCCCUGAACAGGGCCAGGCUCAACAAAAGGAAGCAGGCGAAAAUGCAGGGCCAGUUCAAGGGCCUGAUGAAGGGCGCCCAGCGCGGGGCCAGGGCUGGCCGCAAGAGCCACCUGAAGAACCGGCGCCCCUGAGGAGCCUCGGAGGCUCUGCCUGCACCUGCCCAAGGCCUGAUAACACCCUGCGACGCAGAGACACCGUGGGACAGGGACUUCGUGAGUGGACACUCCUUGGGAAGUCACCCUAUGGACUCAUGGCCUGAGCCCUGCCCUGGAGGAAGGUGCUGGGUUGCCUGGUGGAGCUGUGUGUGUGUGCGUGUGUGUGAGAGCAAGUAAUGUAAUGAACUCCCUGUACUGAUAAACGCCCCUUGUUCACAC